AUGGAUCCUCAUAGCGAUCGAGGCAAGGAGCGUUUGCGCCAGGGUUACAACGCCGCCGCCGCCGCCGCCGCCUCACCUCUACCCCAGCCCUUUCCCGAGCACGAGCUGGCGCAUCAAAGCUCCAGCAUCUUCGAUGUCACCGACAUUGGCAUCAGCCCCUACGAAGCGUCCGCCGUCAGCGAAUCGGUCCUCACCAGCCCGAUUUAUGCCGUGACCUCACCGUUGUCGUUGUACAGCAGCGGCGGCAGUACUGUCGGUGUCUCGCCAUUUAGCGACCAGCCACCGCUGCCCUCUCGACGGCCCUCGUGGCGCGGGCCGCUCUCGUACGCCGGCUCGCAACGGUACGCGCCGCUCGGGGGCGACCACGAAACUGCGAGACCAGCGUCCGGACGACGGUCCUCGGCGACGAGCUUCCGCUCGCGGAGCAGCUAUGCACCGUCCAUUGGCAGCAUCAUCCCCGAGCACGGCGACGACGACUCGUACGCCAUGACGCUGCUCGCACACCCGGCGGCCAUGGGCCUGACGCCUCUAUCUCCUCAGCACCAUCGCCAGUUCUCCGACGAGACGCCCCUGUCGCCGGUAGGCUUCGACGUGGGGUCGGCCCUCGGCCCGCUUUCCACGAACGACAACGAAUACAUGGCCCAGUGGCAGCAGCAGGAAGCGCAGGGCAUGCUGUCCGGCGGCCUGGGUGCGGGCUUUCGCGCCGAUGCGACGCUCCGCGACGCCGAGCUGCUCGCCACCACCACGCCGACCAGCGCGCGCAGCAUGUCCCGGUCGUUUACCUUUCGCCGGCCCUCGAAACUGCCGACCCGCGCCGAGACCAUCAAGACCCGCGGCCAGGACGAGGCCGACCGGCUGGGCCGCGUGAUUGAGGUCAUCAUCGAGGAGCCGAGCGCGGACCUCAGCAGCGUCGAGGGCAGCCACAUGGCCCUCCACGAGCAGUCGCCAGACGAGCGGCGGCGCUCCACGUUGCUCGCGACAGCGGCGGCGGCGGCGGCGACGCCUACGCGGCAAAUCUUCUUCCCCAAGCCCAACUGGAAGCCGUGGUCAAUGCGCUGGCCGCACCUGACGCUGCUGGUGCUCGUGUCCAUCGGCCUGGCCGUCAUGCAGGAGGUGCUCUUCCGGCGCUUCCACAACUCGCCCAUUCUCACAUUUCACUCGCCCAAAGAGGUGAAGCCGCUCAUCUACUUUGCCGUCAAGUUCCUGCCGACGCUCGCGGCCGUCGUGUACGGCGUGCUGUGGCAGUUUACCGAUUUCGAAGUGCGGCGCCUCGAGGCCUUUUACCAGCUGUCCAAGGACGGCGGCGCGCUGGCGUCCGCGUCGGUCAAUGUCGACUAUGUGACGAGCUUCAACCUGGUGCGUCCGCUGCGCGCGCUGCGGCUCGGCCACUACACGGUCGCUGUAUCGUCGCUCGGCACGCUGCUGGCGGGCUCGCUCGGGCCGACGUUUGCGGCGGCGACGGUGAUUCUGACGCCCAGUCUGCACGAGCGCAACACGCACCCCGAUGCGGAGAAGACGCUCACAUUCUCGCCGACGUGGUCGCGGUUGCUGACGUCGACGCUGGCCGUGUGCGCCGUGCUCGCCGGCGUGCUCUUCGUGCUGCUGCAGAAACGGCGCUCCGGCCUCAACUCGGACGUGCGCGGCAUCGCGGGCCUCGCGUCCAUGGCGGUCGUGAGCCACAUCCUCAUGGACUUCAAAGACAUGGACACGGCCACACACCACGACAUUCAUCACAAGCUAAAGUAUCACCGCUACAUGCUCAAGAACUCGUCGCUGGCGCCGGAUGAUGAGAACCCCACGACGAGCCAGGACCGGGAAAAGUACAACGACGACGACGACGCGCUGGGCCACAUGUCGGACAACCCGCACCCGCUGAUGCUGCGGCCGGCAGGGUGCGUGACGUUUAUCCUGGCGUUGGUGGCCUUUAUGGGGUUUGUCCCCGCGUUUGUGUUUACGGACGCGGGCGUCGUCACGGACAAGGCGCCGUGGUUCGCGACAGCGUGGGCUGUGUGCCUGAAGCUCUCGUGGCACGGCAUGGAGACGGCGGUGCGCAUGAUGGAGCCCUACUACAUCUUGUCACGGCGGCACGCGCCGUCCAAGACGCUCACUCUCGACUACACGGCGCUGCCGUUUGGCUACCUCCCGCUGCGGGCGCUGGCCAACGGGCACCUGGUUGUGUUUUUUGUCGGCUUCGGCAGCAUCCUCGCCGAGUUUCUGACCGUAUUUGUCACGGGCUUGACGACGGCCGACGGGCAGGGCUUCGUCAAUGCCUACCGCCGGGAGGACGGCAGCAGCAGCCCGGACAACGCCAAGAGCAUCUACGCCGGGCAGGACACGCUCGUGUCCUUUACCGUCAGCUUUGGGCUGACCAUGUUUGUGCUGCUGUACAUGACGGUGGUGGCGACGGUGGUGUUUGCGCGCCGGCGGCACCCGUUCUUGCCGCGGCAGCCCAACACGAUUGCCUCGGUGCUGGCGUUUAUCCACCAGAGCAAGAUGCUGUACAGCUUUGUCGGCACGGCCAAGCUGAACAGCACGGAAAUGGCGAAGCGCCUGCGGGAGAUGGGCGAGCGGGCGGGGGGCGCGCCGGUGACGUACGGAUUGGGCUGGUUUGAGGGCCGGGAUGGGCAGACGCACUGCGGCGUGGAUCAGGAAGAGCUGAUGAGCACGUAUAAGCAUGUGUGUCAAGGUUUCUACUGUCCCACGACCACAUGGGAUUUGAUCGGGCCGCGACAGGCCGGCGUUUCAUGUGACCAGCAACAAAGGGACGAAGGCAAGUUUAAUAGUCGAGACGGCAACAGGAUGCCGAUGCGGGUUCCAUGA